GUAUACUGUGAAUAUUGUAUAUAUAAAACGCUUUUGUAUUGACAUUGCAUUUACUGUACAAAUGCAUUGAGAUUUUUAUCUGACAGUUUCUCCACAUAUAAUUCGCUUUCAAUCUCCACAUUAGGAAACAACAAGAAAAAGAAAACAUUAUUAUUAACGAAAAAUAUGUCUAACAAUAAACCAAUGAACGUAUUUCGGGCCAAAGCUAAACACUGGAAUCUGGCCGUCGAUAGUGCAGAGUUUGCCAUGAGAUUGGAUCAGGAGGACCCGUUUGGCACAUAUAGACACCAAUUUAUAUUUCCUAAAAAAUCAGACCUGCCCUAUGUCGACAAAAAGCGUCUGUUUGACGAUAACGAAGAGGCACUGUAUUUGUGCGGUCAGUCACUCGGUUUGGAGCCGAAGACAUGCAAGAAAAAUGUUAAGGAAGUGUUGAAAAAUUGGGGCGAAAAAGGAGUGCACAGUCACUUCCAUGGCUAUAUGCCGGCCGCACUGUCCGAUUUGGUACCCAAAACAUUGAUGGCCCGUAUCGUUGGCGCCAAACCCAAUGAGGUAGCGCUGAUGAAUGCGCUCACAGUUAACCUACACUUACUCUUAUCCACUUUCUAUCGGCCUUCACAACGAAGACAUAAGAUUAUCAUUGAAGAGCACGCAUUCAGUAGUGAUAUGUUUGUGGUUAAGUCACAAAUUAGAUUUCAUGGCUUAUCGCCCGACAACAGCCUGAUUAUGCUUAAGACACGUCCGGGCGAACAUUUGUUACGCGAAGAGGAUAUACUUGAAGUGAUUGAGAAAGAGGGCGAUAAUGUAAUGGUGGCAAUGCUUCCGGCCGUCCAAUACUAUACGGGACAGUUGCUUAACGUACAGAGGCUGACAAAAGCGGCACAAAAUAAGGGAAUAGUAGUCGGUGUAGACCUGGCCCACGCUGUCGGUAAUGUUCCCAUCUAUUUGGACAAAUGGAAUGUCGACUUUGCAGCCUGGUGCACCUAUAAAUAUUUAUGUUCGGGUGCCGGCGGUAUUGGUGGCAUUUAUGUUAAUGAACAAUAUACUGAAAAUGGAGGUUCGGCUACCUUUCCUAUGCUACAGGGCUGGUGGGGGAACAGCAUUAAGACAAAGUUUCUGAUGAAGGACGAUUUUGACCCAAGUAUUGGUGCCGAUAUGUUUAAGUUGAGUAAUCCGUCCCCUGUCCUCAACGCUAUGCUUAUGGCCAGUCUUGAUAUAUAUAACCAGACAUCCGUUGAAGAGCUUAAAGAAAAACAAUUUCUUUUGACCGGUUAUUUAGAGUAUAUGAUUAAAUCAUACUUUCCACGAAAGAGGACAUCCAAGACUAGACACCCAUCCAAUGAUAACAAUAAUCUCAGCGGCGGUAUGCCAUCAGUGGAGAUCAUUACGCCAGCAGAUCCCGAUCAAAGAGGUGCUCAAUUGUCGUUAAUAUUUUCCGUACCGCUAACUCCUGUCCAGGAAGAGCUACAAAAGCGAGGAGUUGUCUGCGAUAUCCGUAUGCCGAGUGUGAUGAGAGUGGCUCCCGUUCCCAUCUAUAACUCCUUUACUGACGUCCAUAAAUUUGUUUCAAUACUUUACGAAAUAUUUGAGGGUUUCGACAUCGAAAAGAGAUUGUAUGACAAUUGUGGUGAAGAAGAUCUGUUUACUGAAUGGCACGGCGAUGAUAAUCUAUCGAUGAGCUCAUCCAACUCGAGUGCCUGUCCAUCGCCGACCACUGUUUCAGAUUCCGAUUGCGACUCAUUUAACGGAUCACUUAAUGUAUUGUAAAUGAAUAAUAUCUGGUUAUCUCUCAUAUCACACACACACCGAUGAUGUCCUCUUAAAUGAAGCAAACAAUCAAAAACAAAUGUCUUUAGAUAUAUAUAUAUAUAUAGAUAUAAAUAAUUUUUAUUUAAGUGAUUUGUCAGCUGAUAAUAACCGAUAGUUACUUCAGUAUUAUAAUUGUCUUAAUAAUUACCGGUAAUUGUAUUUAAAGACAUUUGAUUUUUAAAAAUUUAGACCUCAUUUUAGUUUUAGAAAUCAGUUUAUUAGCAAAUUUUAGUUUAAAACUUAUGAUAAUUUAGUAAAAUAAAUAUUAAUUUAGUAAUAAUAUCAAUUAGCAAAUUUAUAAUGGCCAAUUUUUUCUAA